UUAAUAUUAUUUCUAAAGACAGAAAUAUGAUGAAUCUCCUAAGCAAAACAACGAUAAUUGAUUUGGUUAUUAAGACACCAAUCGGAAGCCCUUCAUAAAAUACGCAUAAAAAACUUUGAGAACUGAAAAGAAAAGUGGAAGUCAUCCUCUUCUGAUGCAUGUAAAGUGGUGUCUAUUACAGGUCGCAGUGCUGUAUCUGCUAGUACAGACAACGUCAUUUUGCAGCUGCUGACGUUUGGGCUAUUAAUCAUUCACCGGCAAAGGGACAACAAUUAAUACUCGAGUAUCUAACCGAGAGGAGCUAUCCUUGGUGCUGAAGCACACCCGGCAGGGCAGGAAGGGAAGGCGAGCAGGCACACCAUGCAGACUCUGAACAGCCUCAGCCCGAUCCGUUCAGAGCAGGAGAGCCAGAGCUUCGUCUUGACAUGCUGAGCGGCGCGCUUUGAGCAGAGGCACCGCUCGGGCACUCCUCAUUUCGCUUCUGGCGAACGGGACUCCACCGAAAAUGCUACCCAACAACUCCUCCAGGCACCUGAGCAUAGAGGACGGCUAUUAUUUAAUGAAUUCCUCUGGCAACGAGACGCACAGCGAGUCUCACGGCAGCGCGAUUCUGAUCUCCUUCAUCUAUUCCGUGGUUUGUCUGGUCGGGCUCUGUGGAAACUCUAUGGUUAUUUAUGUGAUCCUGAGAUAUGCCAAGAUGAAGACGGCUACUAACAUCUACAUUCUUAACUUGGCGAUCGCAGACGAGUUACUCAUGCUGAGUGUGCCCUUUUUGGUGACUUCCUCCCUGCUUCAUCACUGGCCCUUCGGCUCGCUGCUCUGCCGGCUUGUUCUCAGUGUAGAUGCCAUCAACAUGUUUACUAGCAUUUACUGCCUUACUGUCCUCAGCAUUGACCGCUACAUUGCGGUGGUGCACCCGAUCAAAGCUGCCAGAUACCGGAGACCCACUAUAGCCAAGAUGGUCAACUUAGGCGUUUGGAUAUUCUCUAUAAUGGUGAUUUUACCCAUCAUUAUAUUUUCAACAACAGCACCCAAUUCUGACGGUUCUGUAGCUUGUAACAUGCAGAUGCCACAGCCCCAGCGUCAGUGGAUGGCGGUAUUUGUGAUCUAUACGUUUCUAAUGGGAUUUCUUUUCCCUGUCAUUGCGAUCUGCAUGUGCUACAUUCUCAUCAUAGUGAAAAUGAGAGUGGUAGCUCUAAAGGCGGGCUGGCAGCAGCGCAAAAAGUCCGAAAGAAAGAUCACCCUCAUGGUCAUGAUGGUGGUGACGGUGUUCGUCAUCUGCUGGAUGCCCUUUUACAUUGUCCAGCUGGUGAACGUUUUCGUCCAGCAGCACAACGCGACGAUCAGCCAGCUCUCCGUGAUACUGGGUUACGCCAACAGCUGUGCUAACCCCAUUCUCUACGGAUUCCUCUCGGACAAUUUCAAAAGAUCAUUCCAAAGAAUUUUGUGCCUUCGCUGGAUGGACAAUGCCGCGGAGGAGCCGAUUGAUUACUAUGCCACGGCUCUGAAAAGCCGAGCGUACAGUGUUGAUGACUUCCAGCCGGAUAACAUGGAGUCAGACAGCACCUACAGAAAUGGGACUUGCACGUCGAGGACCACGACACUAUAAUGAGCAGGUCUCAACAUUAUGAAUAGUUGGUUGUUAGGGGGUGGGUCAGUUUGGGGAGGAUAUAGGACUGUUAUAAUGUCAUGAACAAAUCUGUCAAUUUGACCACUGUGUGUUUUUCUAUUGCAGUUUCUUUUCCGUAUUUGAUGUUGCUUUGGUGUCAUUAUAUUUUACAUAAACCGCGUGGAUAUGUCACUAACUUUUAAAAGACACAAAACAUCUUUUUUCUCGUUGUUGUUCCCAGAGGAGACCAGAGCUCUUGUUAAAGUUGUGUUGGUCUGUUACAGUCUUGUACAAUUUCUAGAGAUCAAUAAAUUGCACCUGUAUCCCAGGCGUUGAAAGCUGUU